UUUUAAUACAAAUUGAAUUAAAAGUUAAAAUACAAACUGAACAAUAAUAUGGAGACAAAGGUAGUGCUAGCCUUCUUAUAGACACAUUUGAACAUUUCUUUCAAACUUCAGCUCUCUCUCUCUCUCUCCCCGAGCUCUUUCUUUGAAUCUUCUUCUUUCAAGUGCUUUCAUUUCUCCCGCAAUAUAGCUUGCUGUUUUCCCUCCUCAUACUCAUAUUUCUUAUUUCCAGUCACAAAUCCUAUUUGAUUAAGAAAUAAGUUAGAUACAUCUUCUCGAGAGGGUAUUGGAAGAACUAGAACCUUGAUCAUCAAGGAAAAAAAAAAAAUCCAUGGCCGGGGCAGCUUCAGGCACAACUCGGUCUUUACAAGAAACUCCCACUUGGGCUUUGGCUACUGUUUGUUUCGUCUUCAUCUCUCUUGGGAUUGCAAUUGAACAUUUGAUCCAUCUUAUUGGCCAUUGGCUCAAGAAGCGCAGGAAAAAUGCUUUAUUUGAAGCAGUGGAGAAGCUCAAAUCAGUUCUAAUGUUGUUGGGAUUUAUGUCAAUUACACUGGCGGUGACACAAAGGCAAAUAUCCAAAAUUUGUGUUCCAAUCAAGGUUGCAAAUUCAAUGCUUCCAUGCCGGAAAAUAGCCUAUCCCCAAUCCGCCAAAUCCUUUGAUCAUGAUGAUAAUCAGCAGAGUUGGGCCACCUUUGAUGGUGAACACUUUAGCCCUCCAAGAAUUCUGGCGGCCUCAGCCGCCGCCGGUGCCACCAAUUAUUCAACUGAUCACUGUGCCUCUAAGGGAAUGGAGUCUUUGAUAUCCACAACGGGACUAAAUGAGCUAAACAUCUUCAUAUUUGUGCUGGCGGUAAUGCAGAUUGUGUAUAGUGUUAUUACAAUGGCACUUGGCAGAGCCAAGAUGAAACGUUGGAAACAUUGGGAGAAAGAAACCCAGACGGUGGAGUACAUGGCUGCCAAUGAUCCAGAGAGAUUUAGGUUCACAAGACAAACAACAUUUGGAAGGCGGCACAUGAGUGCUUGCACUGAAACCUCAGCUCAGUUAUGGAUUAAAUGCUUCUUCCGACAAUUCUUCCAUUCGGUGGCAAAAGUUGACUACCUCACGUUGCGUCAUGGUUUCAUUUCGGCUCAUUUAUCAACCACAAACAAGACCUUCAAUUUCCAAAAAUACAUUCAAAGGUCUCUCGAAGAUGAUUUCAAAGUGGUAGUUGGCAUCAGCCCAUUCAUGUGGUUCGUUGUUGUCAUCUUCUUGCUUGUUGAUGUACACGGUUGGAACGUCUACCUCUGGGUGUCAUUUCUCCCUCUGAUUGUGGUCCUUGCUAUAGGAACAAAACUAGAAAUGAUAGUGGCGAAAAUGGCACUGAGACUGAAAGAUCAGAACUCAGUUGUGAGAGGAACCCCUGUGGUUGAACCCCAUGAUGGACUUUUCUGGUUCAGCGAUCCUCAAUUCGUCUUGACUCUGCUCCAUUUCACUCUUUUUACGAACGCAUUUGAAUUUGCCUUCUUCGUUUGGGUCACGCUUCAAUUCGGGAUCAAAUCUUGCUAUCAUGAAAGUGUGGAAGUCAUCGUCAUCAGAGUCGUAUUAGCGGUUAUGGUACAGGUGGUCUGUAGUUAUAUAACACUUCCCCUCUAUGCUCUUGUAACACAGGUUAUAAUCGAAGUUUGAUCACUCACCGAUUUUAUUUUAAGCACAUUACAUUUAUCAUAACGUUCAUGAAUUUAUUAUCAUUGCUCCCUCCAUCUCGAAAUUAAUGUCCAGUUUGAAUUUUUAUUUUUAGUUCAAAUUGUAUUAAAAGUGAAAACUGGAUAAUAAUUUAGAGACAGCGGAAUAUAUCAUAACAUAAUCUUACCUCUUAUAUUUUGGGCAGAUGGGUACAAAAUUCAAGAAGGCAGUGCUUGAAGAACACACAGUGCACGCCAUAAAGGAAUGGCAUGAAGAUGUGAAGAAGAAAAGGAACCAAAAAAGACCAAUUUCGCCUAAUUCCAAGUCUCCUUUAAGUCAAGUUCAUGGUGAAUUUUCGUCGACUACUGCGAGGACCAUCAGCACAAAUAGUACUACCUCUGAUUUCUCCUCAUCCCAUAAGAGAAUUCCUACUUUAUCAGAUUUUGCUGGAAAGGAAAUCAUCCCAGAACAGCCCAAUCAAGAAGAAAAUGAAGAACAACAAGAACAAGAACAAGAAGUAGUAGUACGAGUUCAGAAUGGAAAUGUUGAUAAUGAGGAAGACGAUAUUGUGGAGAUCUCAGUUGUUUCUCCAAUUGAUAAUCAGGAGGUAGAAAUUCAAGUAACUGAGGUGGUUAGGAACAUUUCUCCAUCAAGAUCUUGAUCAAAUUGGAGUUUUUUGGGUUACUUAAAAUAUAGACACAGAAUUCAUAGGAGGAUUUAUAAGAGAUUAUAUUGAUACGAAAUCAGUCAGUUAGUCCAUAAAUGUCAAUGUGUUUUAUUAACUUGUUAUGGAUCCAUCUUUACAUUAUUGUACAUUGGGAAAUAUAAAUAUACACUCCACUUCUUUGCCAAAGUCGGAUCCGAAUCUUGAAUAUUAGUCGACAUUCUUUUAAAAUUUCCUUCUUUUUAAUGAAGGUUGUAGUAAAACUUGUAGUUGAUAUAUUCAGUUUAUAACAAGAUCUCUUCUGUCUACUUCAAAAUCCG